AGAAAUUCAUCCCUACUUUUAUAAAUUAAAUAUAUGUUAAAUUAAAAUUCUCAUCUCUCCUCAUCUUUUGAAUCAAAUGCAUAUCUAAUUAAAAAACUUUCAAACUUUUCUUUCUCUUCUUUUUUCCAUAAUUAAAAUCCUUCAUUACUCCCACUUUCUUUGAACCAAAGGGAUAGGAUACGUAUAAUCAUGAGGGAGCAAGCUUGCUAUGCUAAUCAUAAAAAAAAAUGUUUUCAUUUAAUAAUUAAAGAGUAAAAGGCAAUCAAUGGCUUUUUUCACGAAUCACUUUUUCUUUUAAAUUUUGUUUUAGUGUAUUCUUUAUGUUCUUCAACUCUAUAUAUAAACACAUGCUAUACUUUCUUCUUGCCGGUGAAUAUUCCGGUCAGUAGACAGAAUAACCUCACCGGGAAAUGGACGAGUCAUGGAGAACACCAAUGGGAUUAACGUCUGCACUUCCUCGCCGGCGAUCAAUGGAACACCGAUCAUCUUCACGAACACGGUCCAUCUUCACCAACACCGCCGUCUCCGAAACCGAAACCUUGGACGCCGACGACUUCGCCGACGUUUUUGGAGGUCCACCUAGAAGCCUUCUCACGCACAAGUUCUCCAGGUCCGGUUCUUUCUACGAGGAAAUUUUCAAGCAGCCAGUGUUCAUGCCGCCGGCACCGGCCAAGGAUGGCCGGAGCUUGCCGGUGUUUAGGAUCCCAGCGCAAGAUGACGCGUUUUAUGGAGAUAUUUUUGGGUCUGACGAUGACCGAAGAUCAAGAGAACGGUCAGGGUCACAGUCCAAUGCAAAAUCAAAGUCUAAUUCUUCGUCCGCGCUUAGUUCUGAGGAGCUGAGUCCUCUCCGGCUGGAGAUUAGUGAUGACGUGGCACUGUCAACCUUUGCUUCAAAGCUCAGGCCAAUCAAAGUCCCAUAUAAAUGGAACUCAUCCACUAUGACACAUGAGGAACAGCCAAUUAAACAAAAGAGGCCAUUUUUUCCAUGUAAUAGUCAAUCAUUUGACUUCCAAUGUCAGGAUAAUGGGUGCUCAAGAAGAGUCACAUCCCCGGAAACAAUUAGUGCUGAAUCCAAUUCAUAUCAAAGCAUCAAACUAUCCACAUAUGAUUGGGAACUCAGUCCCCCAUUUUCCGCUGUCUCUGGAGUUUGUCAAGAACCGGAGUCAAAAUAUUCAGUUUAUGACCACGUGCUUCCGGAACUAGUUAUUGAUCAUGAUGACGAGGAGGAGGAGGAUGAAGUUAUGAGCUCCUAUGUUAUAGAGAUUAACUCUAGUUUUAGAGAGGAAAAUUGUGGAACUGAAGCCAUUGAUGAUGCGAUUGCAUGGGCGAAAGAGAAGUUUCAUUCGCAAACUAAUGAAGAAUCAGCUCUGAGAGACGAUGGCAAUGAGAAAAAUACUGGAAUGGAAGGAAGGCCUUGUGCAGGUGAAUACCACGAUGGAAUUGUAAUGGCCGAGUCUCCAGAGAAGGAAAAGACAGAAACAGAGAAGUUAGACAGAGAUAUAAGAUUAUGGUCAUCUGACAAGGAAACCGACAUCAGGGAACUGCUUUCAACACUACAUCAUAUUCUGUGGCCUGAGAGUGGCUGGUCUCCUGCUACAUAUAUGAGCCUAAUAGAAAGCUCACAAGUGAAGAAAGCCUAUCAGAAAGCAAGAUUAUGCCUCCACCCCGACAAACUUCAGCAAAGAGGAGCGACUCUCUUACAAAAGUACAUAGCAGAGAAGGCUUUCUCCAUUCUUCAGGAUGCAUGGACAGCAUUUAUUUCUGAAGAAUUUUCCUUCUAAACAGAAAAUCACUCUUAAAGCCGGAUAAUCCAGUUUUGGUUUAAAGCUUGGGAUGAGACCUAACCCCAGGCAUUCAGAAUAAUGGAAGUCUUGGUUUCCAUGCAGCAAAUAUAUUAGUUAUCAAAACAGCAAUUCCUUUUGUACAAAUAGUUGUAUGAUGCAGCAGCUUCUACUGUUCUUUUUUCCUUCUGUUUGUCUCAUAAGUUGUUAACGCCUUUGUAAGUAUUGUAUUUUAAGUAUUCAAGAGAUCAGUUUUUCUCCUAUUUAAUUGAACCCUACUAUUUCAUUUUGAUGUCAUCCAA